CUGUAUGUAGUGCAGCUUGACUAGAGUGACAGCUCCUGUGUUGGAUGCACACAAACAGUGUCUCAGUAGUUUCCUAUAGGUGUCCACUUCUAGAGACUAUCUGCUCAUUCCUACCACCCCAGCCAUGAAGCUAAGCGUGGCUUUGUUUUUUGCAGGACUUUUUGGAGCCGUGGCAGUCGUCUUUGUCCUUCUCUCUUUUGGAACAGAUUACUGGCUGUUGGCCUCGGAGAGCUGUGAUCCUAAGAUUGACACCACUUCAGAGCCUGGAGACAUAGUGGUGCAGAAUGUCACCAGUGGGGUCACGCUGUACCACGAGGGCUUCUUCUGGAGGUGUUCCUUUGGGGGCAACGUGCAGGAUGAUGACCUGCAAUGGAAGCUUUGGUUCACCAAUCAGCCACACUUCAAAGUAUGCAUCCACUCCUACCUCUUCCCAUUCCCGGUGUCCCAUCACACCCACAACGCCACCGCUUACGAAUCCGCCAUAAUCUACAGAGGCUUCUGGAGCAUCUUCAUGCUCAUCGGCGUGGCAGCUGUGAUUCUCGGUGGCUUCAUCAUCAUCUGUGCAGCCCCCUUUGCCAACCACUGCUUGUACAAAACGGGUGGUAGCUUCUUCCUGGCAUCGGGGUUCUUCCUGCUGUGCGUGGUGGUGAUGUUCGUGCUGUGGAUCGAAGUUCUGGACGUGGUUGAUGUCUACCGGGACUACCAGCGUACCGUCAUGUGUUCAAACUUCCACUUGACCCUCAACUAUGGUCUCUCCUUCAUGUUUGCUCCUGUUGGCAUCUUCUUCUCCCUCCUGGCUGGCCUCCUCUUCCUCCUCAUUGGCCGAACCAUCAAGAUCCAUUACCGCUAACUGAAAUCACAAGGGAAACACACACAGAGAUGUCAUCAAGCUGGGUAGCUAACGAGCUACAGUAAUGUGCAAAAGUCUUAGAGGACACCAUUAGAUGUGUUGUUUGAGCAAUGCUAUAUGUACCGUGUACUGUACUAGUAUACUAGUACUACUCUAAUUGUUGCUGUCAGGGCCGUUGACAGCUUUGCCUGGGCGUGGGACAAAAUAAUCAUUUUUUUACGCCAUUAAGGAGUGGUAAGGGGAUUCUUGACUCUAUUUUCGAAGACAAUAAAGAGCAUGUAAAUAUGGCACAUUUUCUCCCCCAAAUCAACACAUUUUCACAUUUCACAUUUUCAAAUCACACAAAAUGAUUAAUCAAUUUUUUGUGAGGGACCAGUUCUGGGCUGCCCCUCAUGCCUGGGUUUCUCGCCCCCCCCCGUCAACGGCCCUUGUCGCCAGAGUGUUUAUUUAACUAAACUGCAGAGAGGACAGAGCAUUUGUAGCUGCAGGCAAUAAAUAGUCAGAAAAAAAGGAAUUGUGCACAGUGUUUAAUUUCAACCGUAAUAAUGAUUUGGAGUGCAUGAUAAAGUGAUAAAAAAAACAAGCGCUCUGUGACCACAUGAUCAUUUAUUAGCAGCAAGGAUCAAACUGCUCAACCGGCAUUAAUAAUGCGUUUAUUGUAAACAAAAGUACAGCGAGUGUAGGACAAGAUAGUACGACCGACAUUUUUAACAAACUUUCUUUAUAAUAACACAGCAGUUGAAAUUGCCAACAAAAUGUCGUUGCCUGGCUCCCGUAUAAUAAUAAAUAAUAAAUAAUAAUGUAGAGAAUAAAUAGAUGACACUUGUACAGUAACCCAAUGCUGUGGUCUCUCUCCAUACAUUUGUAUUUUUCUCCAUGCUGCCGUAAAAAUAGUCAAGAAACAAAGAAUCUAGAGGUGGCCCAAGACUUUUGCACAGUACCGCACUCUUUUAUUGCAGUACCUGACAAAGUCAACACAAACAAUGAUCCUCAACAUAAACAUAUAAUGGCCAAGUGUCACAUUGAUUAGUGUAGCAGGGGUACAAGCUGUCGUUAACAUUCCGCAUAGUUACACAGCAGAAAAGAGAAUAUUUCAGGUAUUUUGUGUUAUUAUCUAAAAUACACAAUAUCAUAAUACAAUACAACAACAACAAUACCAGAUUUUUACAGAUUGUUACAUAAUAAUCUCAAUAUAAUAAUAGUGU